AUGCGUUACCCGUUUUGGAAGAUUCCUCCCAUUGUAGUACCAUGGCUGAAUCAGCAGAGAGUGUAAAAACCAUCCCUUUAGAAGAAGUUCAAAAGCAUAAUGCUGCGGGAUCGUCUUGGUUAAUUAUCCAUAACAGAAUCUAUGAUAUUACGAAAUUCUUAGAUGAGCAUCCGGGUGGAGAGGAAGUACUACUUGAACAAGCUGGUGGAGAUGCUACAGAAAACUUUGAAGAUGUAGGACAUUCUUCUGAUGCUAGGGAACUUAUGGAGCAGUAUCUUGUUGGAGAGCUUGCUGAGGAGGAUAGGAUUCCAGAGAAGUCUCAAGAGAAGAAAACUGUUCAACAUGAUGAAGGCAAACCUAAUUGCUGCAUUCAGUAACAAGUGAACAGAAAUUUAACAAAGUGGCAACUAGCUAGGGUAAACAACAUUCUUUUGCCUGCAGGAGCUGUAGCUGUUGUGGUUGCCAUUGCUGCUUACAAGUAUUUCCAUUCAUAGGAAAAAUCCAUUGACCAAACAUUUUGAACAGUAUUACCAGAAACACAAGAAAUUGUGAUCAUUCUAAAAUAAUACAAAGAAAAACCUUAAUUUAGAAAGUUUAUCGGAACAUGCUUAUUGUGGGAGGUGCAUCUUUCUCUGUGAAAAGAAACUGGAUUUGAAAAAUGUUAUCUUUCCACUGCAAACUUUCUCUAUUUCUUUUGAGUUUUGUAGUAGUAUCUUUUCUUUUAAUAAGACCUUAAUGAAUUAGUUUAGUGUGUUUCAGGUAGGUUUGGAAAAAACUGUCCUUGUUGGACUGUAGCUAAAUAAUAAAUACACAUUUAGUUGUUCA